AAAGCUGCCCCCCUCCCAGUCGUGCCCCACCCCCGAGUUGAGCUUGCAGCCAGCAUCCUCUCACUCUCGGGCUUGCCUGCUCAGAUCACGGGUAGCAGCAGGGGUAGCAGCAGCGCGGCAGCUGUUCUCGCUCCCUCCAGCUAGAAUCCAGCUUCCGAGAUGCCUGAGCAGAGCAACGACUACCGAGUGGUGGUGUUUGGGGCAGCCGGAGUCGGAAAGAGUUCCCUGGUCCUCAGAUUUGUCCGGGGCACUUUCCGGGAAACCUACGUGCCCACCAUCGAAGACACCUACCGCCAAGUCAUCUGCUGCGAAAAGAGCGUCUGCACCCUCCAGAUUACCGAUACAACAGGUAGUCACCAAUUUCCAGCCAUGCAAAGGCUGUCCAUUUCCAAGGGUCACGCCUUCAUCCUGGUGUACUCCGUCACCAGCAAGCAGUCCCUGGAAGACCUGCUGCCCAUCUAUGAGCAGAUCCGCCAGAUCAAAGGGGAUGUGCAGAAGGUCCCCAUCAUGCUGGUGGGCAACAAGACCGACGAAGACCAGAGGGAGCUUCAGGCCAGCGAGGGGGAGGCUCUGGCCAACAAGUGGAACUGCUCCUUCAUGGAGACCUCGGCCAAGAACAACUCCAACGUGCAGGAGCUUUUCGAGGAGCUGCUGAACCUGGAGAAGAGGAGACCUGUGUGCCUACAGGUGGACGGCAAGAAAGCCAAGCCGCCCACCCGAAGCGCCCGGCUGAGAGGCAAGUGCUGUCUUAUGUAAGGCCCGAGGGUCGCCGACCAAGACCCUCCGCUUCCUUUGCAUGGUGUCUGUCUUAGGGGCUUGGACUACUCCUCCCUGUCGAAAAGUGUCACCCACAGCAUUAUUGAUUUUUUUAAUGAGGAAUCUCAGCUCGUGGUUCAUGCUAUAAAAAAUUGGAUAUGAACAAAUGUCCUCGGGGGGGGGGAAGGAAAAACCAAAAUGUGACCAAGAAAUUAAACAUUUACUUGAGGGGGAGGGAUUAAUAACUCUAUUGACUAAAAAGAAAAAAGAAAAACACCAGGACAUCCAGCAUUAACUGUCUCGAAGUAUUCUGAACUUUGAAGAAAAUCUUUGCAAAAAAAAAAACCCCAAACAUUUGAAUUUGAAUCCAAAGACCAGGAUGUAUUUUGAAUAAUGUCAUAAUGCCCCUUUUUAUAAUGCCACGAGUAAUAUUGUUUUUAAUCAUUUUUGGUUGUUUGAUCAAGAAACCAUAACUUGCCUAUGCUGUAUAUACUGUUUCCGAACACCAUCUUCAGAAUUCACCUUGAACAAAUUUGCUGUUGAGUCUGGAAGACCUAAUACAGAAAACCAGGAAGCUGUGCUCUCUCAACUGGUAGAUACAGGGGUGGAGAGGAUGACAUUCGCUUACCAAAGAUGUGCUAGAUGUCUCAGAAAUAAAGUUCCAACUGUUUGUGUGUUUGUGUGUGUGUGUUUGUGUGUACGUGUGUCGCUCAGCAGCUUCGGAGGCAUGUGGCAGUGAUUUAUCAAUAAGUGUGACUUAUUAAAGCUCUUCCUUGCAUGGAA